ACAUUACUAUAAAACAAUAUAAUCUAUUAAGAUUUAUUACUAACUAGGAAACCCCGCCUUUGAAAUUACGUAUGUAUUAUAUUUGUACGUUAAAAAGCUAUUUUACUUAACCAAAAAAAUAUUUUAUUAUUUGUUCAAAUAAUCUUCUAAAUAUGGCAAAUGAAAGAAAUAAAAACAAAAGAUCUAUUAUUGGAAAAAGCACACAUUGUACCAGUUUUGGAGUAUGUAAUCGAGUGCCGUUAGCAAAAAUUGAAUUUCCAGCUGAUUUAUGUGCAGUAUUAAAUAAGACAAAACCCAAAAAUAAUAAAUUAUACAAUGAUUAUAUGAAACUUAUUAACAAUCUUCCAAAUAUAAAAAAAGUAGAACCUGAGUAUUACUUAAUAUUGUUCAAAAUUUUAUUAUAUUUAGAAGAGCAUGAGCUUUGUUUAAUUGCUGCAAAACAUAAUUUGGAAAAUCAAAAGCUUAAAUAUGUUUCUGACACAUCAUUUGAAAUCACAGUGCCUACUUUAGAUGAAGAUGAUCCAUUUAUCACUGUUGGUGAUACAUUAAAAAUUGAGGUGAAAAGAUCAAAGUCUAAAUAUACCUGUAACAUAACAGAUAUUAUAGGGAAGAAAGUAUAUGCAACAAUACGUAAAUCAUCUCUUGUAUCUCAACUUCUUGAAGAAGAAGUUAAUAUUUAUUUCUUUCCUAUGAAUUGGCAAAUAAGAUGUUUUCAUUAUGUCUUACACAUUAUGUUCAAGCAUAAUUUGAUAAACACAGUAUAUCCCAAAAUAAAUACAAAUCUUUAUACUUUACUAGAAUUUGACUUGGAUUGGGCUAAUAAAAGUAUAGCAAAAAAUAAAGAACAGAAAAUAGCAGUGAAUAAUAUUUUGAAUUAUUCGGCGUACCCUGCACCAUACAUUUUAUUUGGUCCUCCUGGUACUGGCAAAACAACAACAUUAGUUGAAACCAUUUACCAAAUUAGGAAACAGUGCAAAUCAAAAAAUAUUUUAGUAUGUGCACCUUCAAAUGCAGCAGCUGAUGAAAUUGCAAAUAGAUUAUUAUGUUUACUUCCUCAUAAAGAUGUAUUUCGGAUGUAUGCAGCAAGUAAAUGUUGUAACAAUGUAGAUGAGAAAAUUUAUCCAAAUUCAAAUUUUAUUGAUGAUAUGGUCCUUUAUUUACCAAAAGAAAUUUUUAUUUUGAAGAAGAUUGUUAUUACAACAUUAGUAACAUGUAUGAGAUUGGCGAACCUUAAAUUACGAAAUGAUCACUUUUCAUAUAUAUUUAUUGAUGAAGCCAGUCAAAGUAUAGAAUUAGAAUCAUUAAUUCCACUUAUAGUCAUGAAUUCGAAAAAUGAUACUGAAGCAUUAUAUGCACAAAUUGUUAUUGCUGGUGAUCCCUAUCAACUUGGUCCUCUAAUUAGAUGUACAAAAAUUCAACAUUUGCUUGGAAAGUCUUUAUUGGAAAGAUUAAUGGAAUGUGAACCAUAUCAAAAAGUAAACAAUAAAUAUAAUUCGCGUUAUAUAACAAAGUUAAUUCAUAAUUACCGUAGUCAAGAAGCUAUUAUACAUACAUCCAAUAAUUUAUUUUAUGAAAAGGACUUGUUAUGUGAUAAAAAAGAAAACAAACACAGCAUAAUUUCAAACUGGACAGUAUUAUCCAGGAAAACAUUCCCUAUCUUAUUUCUUGUACUUAAAGGCGAAGAAGUAAGAACACCAAAUGGAAGUGUUUACAACGAGACAGAAAUUACGGCCGUAACAAACAUUACAAAAAUAUUAAUGCGUUCCAAAUUUGGUAAUCGAAAAAUUGAAGAAGAAGAUAUUGGAAUUGUAACUCCAUUCAAGCAACAAAAAAUUAUGAUUAAAAGAAGUUUAAACUUGUAUAAAUUAAACAACAUAGCUGUUGGGACAGUAGAGAUAUUUCAAGGACAAGAAAAAGAAAUUAUAGUCCUAAGCACAGUACGUUCACAAACUUUUAAGCACCAUGGUAAACAACAUCUCGGUUUCUUAGCUAAUCCAAAGAGGUUUAAUGUUGCCUUAACAAGAGCAAAAGAUUUAUUAAUAAUAGUAGGAAAUCCAUCUAUUCUUUGUGAAGACAAAUAUUGGAAUACUUUGUGGAAAUACUGUCAAAAAAAUAAUGCAUAUAUUGCUAUUGAUGAAAAUCUUAUCUAAAAAUUAUUGACAUUUUUGAUAUAUAAUAAUGAAUUAUUCAUUGAUAGAACACAAACUAUUUUUUUAUGAGAUGAAUAAUCUAUUAAUAUGUAUAGAAACUUCUUUCUGUGUGUUUAUGUUUUCAUUAUUUAUGCAUUUAUUAUGUAUAUAUUCAUAUUAAGAUUUUAAUAUUUAAAUAAGUUUGUUAGAUAUUAACUUGGAUAUAAAUAAAUAGAUAAAUACAUAUAAAAAAUAAAAAUUUGCAUUUUCGUUUAA